AUGAAUGAGGGAGUUUAUGGAUGCAACUGCCUGUUGUCUAGUACGUCUGCUCCAAGGUUAUCAGAGAAAAUUGUCCACCCAUGUCACCCGAGCCAUCCACUUAUGCUUCUUCUUGAUGGGCCUCCUAUAUAUUCCAAUGGGAAAUGCAACCUUUGUCAGCAGAAAGUGAACAUUGUUUACCAUUGUUCACUAUGCGAUUUCAGCCUGGAUGUGCAGUGUGCCAAGAAACGCCCACAGCUAACGGUGAAUGCCUCGAAGUGCCAUGAGCACACACUGUCACUAUUAGUCGGUCCCAUCUCCUUCACAUGUAAUGCUUGUGGUACGUGUGGCGAUGCAAGCCCUUACGUUUGUACUCCUUGUUUUCUCACAUUCCAUCGAGAUUGUAUCAAUCGACCGCAUGUGAUAAACAUCAACCGCCACGAACAUCGCAUCGCUCACACCAAUUCUCUUGUUUUCGGGAAUUGGAUAUGUGAGAUUUGUCAAAAAGAGGUCAACUGGCGGCAUGGUUCUUACACUUGCAAGAUAUGUCCUUCCUAUGCAGUUCAUUCAAGAUGUGCGACUAGAAAAGAUGUGUGGAAUGGACGAGAACUUGAAGGGGUGCCCGAAGAAGUUUUAGACAUUAAACCGUUCGAAGUGAUUAAAGUUGGGGUAAUAAACCAUUUCUCUCACAAACAUCAUAACUUGAGACUUAUUGAAGAUGCUAUUAUAACUAAUGGUGGUGAAAGCAUCCGCUGUGAAGCUUGCACACGUGUAAUCUAUUCCGGGAAGCACUACAGUUGUAUGAAAUGCAACUUUGUUCUUCACGAGAAGUGUGCUAAUUUUCCUCGUCGUAAACGACAUGGACUCUUCAUAAAGCCACUUUCUCUGCAUACCGAGAAGCCAAAUUUGGGUUACUUUCGAUGUGAUGCUUGUUGGAGAGUAACAAAUGGUUUUGUAUAUAUAUGUCCUGAUCGUUCAGGACUACUAGAUGUGUUGUGUGCGACACUCUCAAGGUUCACUGAUCUUCACUGUCAUCCUCAUUCCUUAUUCCUCACCACUCUAGACAAAGGUACGUGUGGGGCUUGUAAAGAGUCCAACAAUAGUGUGUUGCAUUGUGUCGAGUGCAAGUUUACCUUGGACUUCUGGUGUGCUACCCUACCGAAAAGGAAAAAGCACAAGUGCGAUGACCAUUUUCUAUUCUUGCGUAAUGGUCAGUAUGAAAGUAGUGGUACUUAUUGGUGUGAGAUUUGUGAAACCAUAAUAGAUUCAGUAGAAUGGUUUUACACAUGUGAAGAUUGCGGGGUUGUUUGUCAUAUUGAUUGUGUGGUUGGAGAGUUUGCUAAUAUCAAGCCAGGAAUCGUGGCUACAAAUGACGAUGUCUAG